ACGGUUACGGUAGAAGUACAAGGUGACAGGUGGCACGUGUGGAUAAACAAGUUGACAGCUGUUGCAAGAUACGUUUUGAAUUGUUAAAUAAUGGAUUCGUGUAGUGUGGAGAAACUGAAAAUUCGCAUAAAAGAAUUAGAAGAGGAACUCCAGAAGGAGAAACAGAGAAAUUCUGGAGACACAGUAAGACAAAAAAUUGGACAGAUGUCAGCAGAAGUUGUCGACUCAAACCCGUAUAGUCGAUUAAUGGCUCUUAAACGCAUGGGUAUUGUAAAGAAUUACGAGAAGAUUCGUGAUUUUACUGUAGCUGUGGUUGGAAUUGGCGGUGUUGGAAGUGUCACAGCUGAAAUGCUUACACGGUGUGGAAUUGGCAAGUUACUGCUAUUUGAUUAUGACAAAGUGGAGAUGGCAAAUAUGAACAGAUUAUUCUUUCAACCUCACCAUGCUGGUCUGUCAAAAGUUGAUGCAGCUGCCAAGACAUUAUCAUUCAUAAACCCAGAUGUUGUUAUGGAAACUUAUAACUACAAUGUUACUACUGUGGAUAACUUUCAAGAUUUUAUGGAGAGAAUAAGCCACGGAGGUUUGUCUGGAGGACCAGUGGACCUCGUACUUAGUUGUGUGGAUAAUUUUGAAGCCCGCAUGGCAAUAAAUACUGCAUGCAAUGAACUGAACCAGACAUGGUUUGAAUCUGGAGUAUCAGAGAAUGCUGUGUCAGGCCAUAUUCAGCUAGUAGAACCAGGCCGUUCAGCAUGUUUUGCUUGUGCACCACCUCUUGUUGUUGCAUCCAACAUUGAUGAAAAGACAUUGAAACGUGAGGGAGUAUGUGCUGCAAGUUUACCGACUACAAUGGGUAUUGUAGCAGGCUUCCUUGUACAAAACACUCUCAAGUAUCUUUUAGGUUUUGGUCAAGUAACGUACUACUUAGGAUACAGUGCUCUACAGGAUUUCUUUCCAGUAAUGAAACUGCGCCCUAACCCAUCAUGUGAAGAUAAUUUUUGUAGGAAAAGACAGCAAGAAGAAGCUGCAAAGCCUCAAACAGCAAAUGCUGAGGAAUGCAUAGAAAAGCAUUCACAGGAAAAUGUUGUACAUGAAGAUAACGAAUGGGGAAUAUGCCUUAUAGAUGAAACCAACACAGAAGAGCAAGACAAAAGUGAAGUGAAGGUGGACUUAGGCUUUGUUUCUGGAGUGAAACCAGCAUACACACUUCCUGCAGAUGAUGACAGUAAUACACCAGCUGUUGGUGACACAGAUGCAAGCUUAGAGGAACUAAUGGCACAAAUGAAAGCUGUAUGAAUAAGUACCAGCAAUGUGAUGUUUUAAUUGAUGUAAUUCCAAAUAGAUGCAUUUUUUCCAGAAAAAUGUUUUUAUCUUAUAAAAAUUGUUUUACCCUUGUUGUUGUUGUUACCCUCAGUCAAACUCAAUUCAGACAAGAGAAUAAGUUUCUCAUCAACAUACAAUGUGUGUCCCAAAAUUCAUGAAAUAUAUUAUUUUGCUGGCCCACGUCAAGUUGUCUUGUUUGGAUGGUUCCAGGUAAGUGGGGUUGGUGUAGGGGCUCUCAGCCUUAUAGCACACCCUAGCUCAGUCUGCUCCAAGCAUCAGUGGUGCCAGUAUCGCUGAUUUGCUGACUUGGCCAUCAGUCCUUUUUUCUGGGCAGUCAUAAUUUUUGUAGCACUGUCCCAAUUUUUUUCAAAGGUAGUUUCAGACACCUGUUUAGCCUGGAUUUAGCAGUUAUGAAAUUAUUUAUCCUGAAUUUGAUAUUUAUUUCAUCUGUAUCGGUAUAUUUUAUUAUUAGUUUUAAUGAAGUUGGUGAAACUGUUUUAGCAAACAGGGAUUCUGCUCUUAUCAAAGAGUUCCCACUUGCAUUGUUGCACGUUUACCACCAUAGUCAUCUAUACAUCAGCAAUUAUAUCAGACUGCAUUUUGUGCUUCUUAGUGUUAUGCUAUAUGGCAGUAGUUAAGUUUAAUUCUUUUUCUUUGUCAAUGGCCUUUCUUAGCAGCUUGAGUGAGUUCCAAGAAGUGCAAGUCCUCUUUCAAUAAAAAAUUACAAAAAGAAUUUCCAUUCUUCAGUGACAUUAUUUCUUCUGACUCAAAAGGAAAAGUGAGAUGCAACACGUGUGCUUCUGCUGUUGGACUGUGAGCUGAUACUACUAACUGUACUUGUGGAGGUGUUGGAAGAAAAGGUCAGUUCAAUGUUUUUACCAAACAACAAGUGCUACUCGGCCAUGGACUGAGAGGGGUUGUGUGAGCUGCCAGUGUAUUGCAUAAUACCGUUUUCCUGCAUGGAUAACGUAUGGAGCAGAGGAAUAAAACACAACUUGCUGUAGAAACUAUGAAAGCAUUGUUCCUCACUGGAUUGAUUUAUUAUGAAAUUUGCAUUGAUUUAUUCAUAUGCUGUUGAAGAAUACAGACAUGCUAAAGAAAAUUCACAGCUCUGAUAAAUACAGUUGGACUGCUCACACUACUUCAUCAUUGUAUUUACUGCAUUUAAUUAAGAUCUUUUAAAUUGCCUUUUUGUGCAGUACCAAAAGUUGUAAUAUACCCCACACAUGGGGCUAGAAAAUAAGGCCAUGUUAGAUUUAGUGCACCACUGUUUUGAGACCAUGUCAUGGCAUAUACUUUCAAACAACAUUGUGCAAUUAAAUUCCACACAAAAUUUGACGUAAAACUGUAUAAACUCAUUAAGUGCAUAAAGAAGCCUGCCAGGAGUACGCUGUUUCAUAUGUAUAAGUUAUGAAGUGAAUGAAGUAGUUUUAGGGUAACCAGAAAUGGGCAGAUGAUGAUCCGUGCUCGGAUGGCCACCAACAAGCCAAUAUGACUUGUGUGCAUGGGUUGUUGAGUACUGACCAUUGAAUGGCUGUUUCAGCUGCCGGUAGACAUUCUAAACAUACCGAAAAUCAUUGUGUAUCGCAUUGUUGUGGAAGAAUUGAACUUGUGAAAGCUCUUUGUUAAGCUGGUUCCCAAUCUAUUGAUGCAUGAGCAAAAGGCCGAUUGAGUGUCAGUCAUUAGUGAACUGAAGGAACGUCUGAAAAUUUAGUCAAGUUUUCUGAACAGUGUUAUUUAUGGUGAUGAAAUUUUGACAUUUCAAUACAACCCAGAGAUGAAGUACCAGAGUGCUCAAUGACACACCCCAGAAUACCCGAUACAGAAGAAGGUGAGGAUGAGAAAUCCAAAUUGAAGAAAAUGUUCUUUGUCUGUUUCAACACUGAGUAUGUGGUUCACAAAGGUACUCGUCUCUAAAAGUGAUAGUGGGCAGUCGUAUUACAAGUUCUGCCAACUUAAUAAUGUUAAAUAAUCUAUUUGUCUCUAUAAGUGGUAGCGGUCGGAUGUAUGAAGAGUUUCGCCAUGUGAAUAUUGUUCAAAAAUGUGUAUUGUAAUCGGACAGUAAAGGAGUGUUAAAAAUGUCAUUUGGCAGAUGAAGUUUACUAAAAAAAAACACCUUUUCAUCAUUCUGUGCCACCCGGAGAAUUCUGCAUCAAGAGGAUCAAAGCAAACAAGAAGAAUGAGGAAUUUGUGUGAGCAACAGAGAGGCGAUCGUCGUAACCAGCUCUAUGCACAAUGGCAAUAACAAGAAGUACGUAAAUUUAAAUGGUGGAUGUUGAUUUUAAUUUAUUUCAAUUAUUCUUUCAAAAUUUCCCUUUUAAUUGUUUAAGCAGCAAAUUUUUAAUCAGUUUUCCAAUAUAUAUUACAUUUUAUCCCCCACCCCCCUUCCAAUAUUCAGUGGUGACCAUUCAAAGGAUGGCACUGAGCGGAAUAUGAACAAACCUUUCAGUUGUUCUGAUACUUUUUUUAGGUAAGUGAUCCUUUUUAUCGUUUCAAAAAACUACUGAGGCCUUUUUGUUACAUGUCCGUGAGAUUGGGACUGUUAACAACCUGAAGGAGCAAAUCAAAAUUAAUUCUGUCUACAAACGAGACAUGCCAGGAAUGCGGAUUGCAGAAGUAAAGGAAGGAAGCUGCUACGCUGUAUGCUGAUAUGGCCACACUUGGCGCUGUCUCUCUCGCAGUAGAUAAUCUCUUUUCCUUCCAAUUAAUAUCCUUUACAGAAAGUGUAUUUCUAUAGGAAAGACAAAAAUUUGCAUAAAGUCAACAUCACAGUUCAAAAUAAGUCAUUCAAAUUUUGUAACACUGUAUCACAGAAUAAUCAGUUUCAUUAAUGAAUAUACAUAUAAAACUGCUUUAUUUGAAAAGUACCGAUAAAAACAAAACUUUUUUUUUUAAAUGAUUUUUUUUCAUAAUUUUAUUAAACACUGUUCACAGUGGAAUAAAAGGAAAUGUCCAUUGUUGAAAACUUAUUACAAAAUGUAAUAUGCCAUAAUGUCGGAAAUCCGAGUUGAAAGUAACUCGCGAACUGGCUGAUGGCUACCAAAACAAACAGGCUGGCAUCCCACUGUUAAAAAAUGAUGACACUGGUAAUAUAACUCAUCAUGAUGUCACUUUAAUGACGCUCGAUGAGACAAUUUCUCAGGUCUCACAGGAAUCAUUUUUUUCAAAUAGUGAAACCAAAGCUAGCAACAGCAAAAAUUCCUUUGAUUUUUUGCUCACUACAUUGCAAACGCAAGCACAGUAAAAAGUUCACAAAAGCAAUGCAAAUACUAUUGAGACACAAACUUUGACACAGCUCAUACAAAUAAUAACCCAAGAGUUUGCACAGCAAAAUCAUGCUUUUAACGAUUUCAAGAAUAGUAUUAGUCAACAGUCAGUGAGGUGAGCAAAACUAUAUGCACUGAAUUAUCUGACGAUUUAUCCAGUAAGUUCACAGAGCUCAGUAAAAAACUAAAACAAGAAAUAAUUACUGACAUGUCGCGCAGUAUAAAUACGUUAACAAAAGAAGGUAACUUCCAUAGAUUAUAAACAGCAACAACUUGCAGGUGAGUGCAAAAUCUUAGUUAAGCAUAUUCUCAAAUUCAGGAGAUGCAAUCCCAAGUGGAUGUGUUGGCAAAAAAUGUGACAAAUGCAGUCAGCAAGCUGCAAGACGUAUGCAAAAACCUACCUACAGAAAAACACAAGUUGAAUCUAAGAGUAGAUCAGCUAAGUUUAGAGUUGGAAUUUGCCAAAAAAAAAAAAAAGAAA